AUGGCUGCAUUGGUUCAGACCAUCCCUCAGCAAACUAGCACGGUUCCUGUGCUGCAGACUCGUCCCGCUUCGUCGUCCUCGCAGCAACAUCAACACCACCAUCACCAUACCGCUCGCAAUUCCUCCAUGUCUUGGAACCCUUACGCCCCGGCGGGCAGCUCUGGGAGCUAUCGACCUAAUGGUCACCAGGCUGUGACCUCUUACAACACCCCCACUUCCCCCAACCCGCAGAUCCGUCAGUCCUGGAACCCUCAUCCUCGACCAGAGAACCGUACCAUCUCGGCUCCAUCAGCUCCGCCGCUGACGGCUCAUGCCGGAGGCUCUUCGCAUUCUCUGAAUCAUCCUGCAGCUGGUCCUGUAUCUUCCACGCCUCCAAUGCAUCUUUCCAAGGACGAUUCGGUCAUUCCCACUCGCAAGCCCUCAUCGCAGCAGUCGGUCGACCAACCCAUUCGUCCCCUUUCGACCGUGAAUCUCCCCCCACCCUCACCCCUGAUGAACAUUUCCUCCCCUACUGUCGCCAAACCCUCGCCAGACCGGUAUCGUCGUGGGAAUAGACGGGCGGAAGGUGCUGCGGGUGCACAGUCGACGAAUUCUUCUCACCAGCCGGGGCCGAGUGUGGAUGAUAGUCAACUGGCCUCUCUCCCCGGCCAUCCUACUGCCCGGGGGCACGUCCGGGUCUCGAGUGCCGAUGAUACCUCUCGUCCUGAUAGGCCACAGACGGAGCUGGCCAAGAGAUACCGACGAAGGAGCUGGGGUAACAUGGAUAAUGCUGGUCUCAUUAAUCUACAGCUUCAUCUGCCUUCCGCAUCUCCUACGCCCUCCACCACCGGCCAGGAUUACUUUGACCAAACCAAGCCUGCUCAAAACGAAGGAAGCACCCAUUCGGCACAGUCCUCGACUUCUACUGUCCGUGAUGGCGAUUCGUCCUCGUCAGCUCGAGGCAAACCCGACGACACACGAGUGAACAAGCCUUCGCCUUUAUCACAGCCCGUUUCAGCCGACGCUAGUCCUUCCAACCCGCCAGCGCCUCAAGCCGCUCCCAAGGAGCGCACCAUGCCCACGGGCCCCGCACACAGCCCUGCUACGCAGCGCGCCGCAGAGAUAGCCAACAGCAGCGCCAAAGGACCGGGCAAGUCGCGGCUGCGGCGAGCGUUCUCGUUUGGAAGCGCCUCUGAGCUGCUCAAGGCCUCGAAUAAUGCGCAGAAGAAGGAAGCACUCUCAGUGGAAAAGACCCGACGGGAAUUGCUCAAUGAGGAGCUGGGCGCGGAGCAGGCCGCUAUUGCAGAGCAACAGGAGGCUAGUGGCUUGGGAGAGAGUAUCUACUCGCAUUAUCAAGGCCAUCUGUUUAACCGUUCUAACGAUAAUUUGUCCGUUUCUUCUACCGCUUCGUCAGCGUCAGUGAUGUUGCGCAAGAUGGGCAAGGGUAUGAAGAAGUCGACCCGAUCCUUGGUCGGACUGUUCCGUCCCAAGUCAGUUAUGAGCACUUCUUCGACAGACGGCAUUGCCGUGGAGCCUAGCGCCCCGCAGGUGUCCAUGGUCAAUAUCGAGGCGGACCGUAACAGUGUUUUGGUUAAUGCUGAUCCUCAGGAUCUUCCCCGCGGGGGCACGGUCUUCCCCAAGGUGGAACCGAAUUCCCAGGAGGCUGUAACUGGAACGAGCGGCCCAAGCUCAGAUGGACCGCGGAAGAGCAUCGUGGGAAGUGACAACGAGCGGGCAGAGGUUCUGGCAGCCGUUAGGAAGGGAAUCUUGAAGAAAACCCAUUCCGAACCUGCUCUGUCGACACCUGCCAAAUCGAGAGAUGCCAAUAGUAGUGAAUCGCCGCAUUCGAGUACUCCCAGCACACCAGAAGACCGGUCCGGAAACCGGGUCAAGAUUGCCGGCGAGGACUACUUUGCUGAGUCCAAGGGUGCACCGAGUCCUCCGAUGGCUCCUAAGAGCCUGAUCUUUAGCCCUCGCAUUCAGCUCCAUGAAACAUGGACCAGCGGCGAGUAUGAUCGCCGGGGUGACGUUGCGACCUGCAACCGGUUGACUCCUCUUCUUGCCCAGCAGAUCAAGGAGGAGCUCAACAACUUUAAGAUGGAGAUGGAGGUUCACGAGACCUCAAAAGUUUACACCCACUUCCUUUAA